GUCCGAGUCACCGAACGGGUGUUGAGCCAAAUGCUCCCCUUGGUAGACGAAGCUGAGGAUGGAACAAGGUCUGAGGAUGCUGUCGCAACAGUAGCGCUGCUGCCUUCAACAACUGAUCAUGAAAAAACAUCUCUCGAGAGAACCACCAGCACAUCGGAGUUGUAUCUACAGGAGAAGUCCCACGUCAAGCUACGAAUCCGUGCGGAACAGGCGGGAGUACUGUUGCGGGCGAUGAGUGCACUGGACCUGCUAGCGGGAAAUGCCGGGCGGGAAGAUGAUACCCCUGAAAACGAAAAACGGCGGAGAUUUCAAGCCCUCGCCGACUUUCUCGUCAGAAAAUGCACGCUCGGAGAGCGAGACUUCGUCGAGCGUACAAAGGAAGCACAGGUGCUGGCGGAAGCGGUGUUGGAUCUUCCAGAGAAAAUUCAGGAAAGAAGCAGCGAGUUCUUGCGAGCGCAGGUUCCUGCGGUGGAAGAAGGUGGAGAAGAAGAUGGCCCUGUAGAAGUAGGACGACCUCUGCUAGAGGAAAGUGCACGUCGUCCGCAGCAACAUAUCCUCUCGGAGGUCAAUCACGGAGAUGCGGUGCCUGCUGCGGAAGAAAACAACGGUCGCGAUGCCGUAGCAAAAAUGUUGGAAACCGCAGAAGAAACUUUUGAGCAGCUCGACGUAAAGGACGUCGAGACCAGCGAAGCAGGCCAGGUUUGUCCGCUAGUGCAGCCAAAUGACUUAAUAUCUCCAUUGUCAAAUGCUUUUGAAGCCAUGUUGGCAACGGCAAAAGCACAAAAGACGCGCACGGAGCGGAUCCGCGGCGGUGGUGUGGUAUACGAUUUUGCAAAAAUCCUUGCAGAUCUUCCUGUCUCCGACAUUUUUCGGAUGCUGCAGACUGGAACAACCAGUGCAGUGCGUUCUCCUGAUCUGGUGUCAGAAAGCGAAAGUAACCCGACGGGCUGCAUCGAGCUUGGCUUUUGGUUUCUUCCGAAAGACAACGUGUUGGUUGAUCAGACUGGCGGCGAAUCUAGCGGAGCCACAUCCUCGCUGUAUGAACUGGAGUACUGCCAUUCCGCCGCCGGCGUUGGCAUCAUGUUCGUCUCAGAAGGCCAAUUCGUCGAACGAGAAUCCGGCGGUCUAGCUUUGUUUCUUCCCUCGCGGUUACGGGCCCGUUUCUGGAAAAGCAGAUUACGGCAUUUGCUGCUGCUCCGAAGAGAUCAAGUGGAAGAGGCCCUGGCACGGUGGGAGGAGCAGGCCGUGGCGGAGCGAAAUGGAACUGCAGGAAGAGGUUUUUUCGCCCGCUGGAGCACUGAUUUCGCGCAGGUCUCGCUCCAGCGGGAAGCCCUCACCGAGAUGGCAGAACAGGAUGCCAGCACGAGUACUAUUCUUGAUCUCGGCUUUGAUACUAGUAGUUGUUUCACCUCAGAUCAUCGCGAUCUCGACAGAAGGGAACCAGAAGGGGUCGUCUCAUCCGCCACUGGAUUUCACUAUUCCGCACAGCUCAGCUCUAGACUGGUACACGAGAUGACACACGAGCUUCAGCAGUUAGGCAUAAGAAUUAUCAACAUCGACCAAGCUUGCGCCGUCAUAGAUAUCGAUAACGUGAACCAAACUCUAUCGGCAUAAUUCAGGCGUUUCCUUUCGACUAGAAAAGCCGACCAGCCUAUCGUAGAUAAAGUCAAUGCUGUCAACGGACGGUCUUGUUGUUUUCCU